AUUUGUUUUAAAAAAACAUAUUUUUAACAUUUAUUUUCUUGCAAUGGUUGAUGAUGCUGGGUCACCAUUCACCAACAUAAAAAACAUGCACACAAUAGCAUCGUGGUGCAUUUUGGGAAAAAGAAUGUUUUGGUUUUGGCACAUUAGUAAACUUUUCUGCAUGGGGCAACUUUAAGUUAAAUAUUACUAGAGUUUUGUAUGUAUAUUACAGGUUAUUACAAUAAUAUGGGACACUCAGUGAGAGUGCUUCAUCAUUAAACAUUAUUUAACACUUUGAAACAGCUUGAGUGAAGAUUUAUAUGACAGGUUUAUAAUCCAUAUUGUUUUUGUACAGUGCAUUAGUAUUUAUACUCUCCUCCAGGCAUGUAUUUCAAGACGCCUCACUAAAAUGGAGCCCUUUUCUUGCCUCCUCACAUUUGCCUGAGAGGGAUCACUGGUUGCUGAAUGCUCUUUGAACUUUGGUUUGAAUCACUUCAUGAAAAUGAUGCUUAAUGCUCUGUGGUGCUGACACAAACAAUAUUCUCUGAAAGAUGUUACAGACUGUAUUCUCCAAAUUAACUUUAUGAUUUUUCUUCCUUUUCUUUUCCUUUGCUUUCCUACUGAUGCCCUUUCCUCGUUUUUUCUUCUCACCUACUCUCAUCUCACUCAUGCUCUUUCUUUUUCCAUCUUUCUGUUUCAUGUUCCUUCACGUCCUCUUCCUUCCUGUCCAUUCUUCUCCUAUCGCUUCCUCUCCUCCUUCUCCUCCUGUUUUCAUACUUUCUCAAUGCAGGAGGAUGGUUUGGCCGCUGUGAACUCUGACCCCCUGUCGGUGUCAUCAGGGGGCGGGGCAGGAGAUGGAAGUGACGAGGAGGGGUCCAAUAAGGCCCAACCCAAACGCCUCCACGUCUCCAACAUCCCGUUCCGCUUCAGGGACCCGGACCUCCGCCAGAUGUUUGGGCAAUUUGGGACGAUCCUUGAUGUAGAAAUUAUCUUCAAUGAGAGGGGGUCCAAGGGCUUUGGCUUCGUCACAUUCGAGAGUGCAGGUGAGGCGGACCGAGCCAGAGAAAAGCUGAACGGGACGAUUGUGGAGGGGAGAAAGAUUGAGGUUAAUAAUGCAACUGCAAGAGUAGUAACCAAGAAGCCCCAGACGCCGCUUGUAAACAGUGAAAUUCCAACUUCUGGAUGGAAGAUGAACCCCGUCAUGCAGGCGAUGUACGCACCUGAACUCUAUACAGAUCCCUUUGUAAUGGCCGGUUUCCCCUAUCCCAUGGCCGCUCCCACGCUGGCGUACCGAGGCUCUGCGCUGCGGGGGGGGCGAGGCCGCGCCGUCUACAGCACCAUCCGCUCUGCUGCUGCCGCGCCCACUGCCGUGCCCGGAUACCCCGGGAUGGUGUAUCAGGAUGGACUGUAUGGAGCUGAAGUCUAUGGUGGCUAUCCUGCUGCUUACAGAGUGGCUCAAUCAGCGUCUCCUGCCACGGCAACCUACAGUGACGGAUACGGACGAGUUUAUACGACAUCUGCGGACCCCUAUCACCACUCAGUUGGACCAACAACAACAUAUGGCGUUGGUACAAUGGCCAGUUUGUACAGAGGAGGAUAUAACCGCUUCACCCCGUACUGAGCCACACACCCACACCCACGUCUCUCUGCCUCUGGGAUUGGCUGAUCCAUGGACGCUGCAGGACAGAUUGUGUGAUCCUUGGAGAACGUGGAGAUAGUUUUACUUCCUGCUGUCAUCACAACCUCUCCUCGAGAGACUAAACAGACUGAAGAUGUAAAUAGUGUAGCACCCAUUCACUGUCCUUUCUGCCGAUGAAUACUUAGCCCCUAGAAGAGGAUGUUAUUUAAUAUAUAGACAGUUGCUUAAAACCUUUAAAGGAUAAUUGUUUUCUGAAUUUAAAGUUGGCUAAAACGGCAGAAGUUGGGGAAAAUACUGUGAGAGUUAAUUUUGUGAAUAUUUGAGAUUUAUCAAGUUUCAUGUCAUAGUUUGUACAAUGUUAUUAUUUAUGGUGACAAUUAUUAACUAAAUCUCUGUGCGUGUGUGUGAGAGUGAGUGUGUGUGUGUGUGUGUGUGUGUGUGUGUGUGUGUGUGUGUGU